AUACGUGUUAGUGUGAAAACACGACCAGUGAAGUCAAUUGUAUAUACCAUACUAUACACAAAACACAAGACAAGAAAAAGGAUAUAAAAGAAAAACAUAAAAGUAAAGUGGCCGAAAAAAAAGACACAAUCAUAGUUCAUAAAAGGUUAAAGCCUUAAAGGUAGUGUUUCUUCCUUUCACUCAACAUCAAAAAAAAAAAAAAAAAAAACUUUGGCUAUAUAUUAAGCUUUUUUGUCACUUUGGUUUUUAUUUUAACAGCUAACAAGCAACAACACAAAUUCUUUCACAACUUGUGCUUCCUUAGUUGAAAAUUAUUGCCUAUUUAUAAUUGAUCAUAACCUAUUAUUUUUGUAUAAUAUUCUUUUUCAUUAUUACUCCCAAUUUUCUCCCACUUCAAAUUAUCCUAAAAAAAAGGUUCAUAAAGUUUGAUGAUUAACUAUUAAUUAGCUAUUAUCAUCAUUAAAUAAAGAGAAUAAUAAUUCGGGUGUGCGUGGUACUAUUGAAGGAGGACUUCACUAAUCACUACACUAAGCUAGCAUCAAUGUCUGCUAAAAAAGGUGAUAAGAAGAAGGCAUUAUACAGUGAAGAUUUCCAAGCAAUGUUAGAGAGAUUAGAAGAGGAAGACAAUGCAGAUACAAGUCGACAAUUGAUGAAAAAGAGCAGAUUAUGCUUAGAAAAAGUUAAGGCUUUAGAGAAGCAUUUUGAAGUGGAAAACAAGCUGCAACCGGAUAGGAAAGUUAAGAUAGCUGAAGAUGUAGGGCUUGAGCCAAGGCAGGUAGCCAUUUGGUUCCAAAAUCGUCGUGCUCGAUGGAGGGCUAAGCAAUUAGAGAGGGAGUAUGGUGAUCUUCGCGCUAGUUAUGAUGCUCUUAAGCAUGAUUAUGGUUCCCUUGAGCAAGAAAAGGUUGAUCUACUUGGCCAGCUUAAUGACUUGAGAUCAAAGAUUGAAACAAGAAAAUCUGAGAUGAAAACUACUAAUACUACUCUUUCAAAUCCAAUCACGAUAAAUUCGACCGAUAUCAUGAAUGAAGGCACUUGUAUGAAUGUUCCAUUACAAGCAUCUCCAACUCCUUCAUGUAGGACGUUGGAUCCAUAUGAUAUGCCUUCAUCGACGAUGACUGCGACGACUUUAUCAUUGGAUGGACUUCAGUUAUGCAAAGCUUAUCAAGACCAUAUAACAAAGAUGGAAGAAAUGGGUGUUCAUAAUAUGAACAAUGACAUUUCAGGCAGUUUUUUUUCGGUUGAUCAAGUUCCUACCUUGCAUUAUUGGUAUAAUAAUAGUGAUCAGUUUAACUAGAUUAAAGCAAAAUAUAAUGUUUAAUUUAUAUGGUAAGACAUAUAAAUAUUAUAGGUAGAUGUUAAUUAGUAUGUAAGGUACGAUUUUCUAAGUUUAUGUGUAUUGACACCUAGUACAAAUUAUAUAAUUUAAUCUGAUACUUAGCUUUGUACUAUAACGUAAAUAUUUUGUUGAGUUUUAUGAGCAUACAUGGUGCAUAUGAAUGUUUUGACUUGUGACCUUAUUGGUACAAGGCUCGCGUUUGUCUA